AGCAGCAGUAGCCGCAUGCCCCUAACACAGCUAUCGCCUUGGGAGCGUGCACCAAGAGGGAACAGAGGCCGCUGUUGUUUCAGUGCAACGCUUCAAAACCAAAGGAGACGAUGCCGGUGCAAGAGGGGCGAAUGAAGAGGCUGCAGCGGAGGCUGUUCAUCCGAAAUAGGCUGGUCUGCGAGGCGAUGGCAGAGUUUGUGGGGACGUACAUUCUGGUUUUGUUUGGGUGUGGCUCGGUGGCGCAGGUUGAAUUGAGUGGAGGACUCAAGGGGCAGUUCCUCACGAUCAACCUCGCCUUUGGGUUUGCGGUCACCAUGGGACUCCACGCCGCUGCAGGCGUUUCAGGUGGACACCUGAACCCAGCCGUUACAUUUGCGUUUGCCGUUCUGGGUCGCUUCGAAUGGCACAAGUUACCUCUCUACAUGCUGGCUCAGCUCCUCGGAGCUUUCAUGGGCGCAGGCACCGUGUUCGGACUGUAUUAUGAUGCCUUCCUGUACGCCGGCAAUGGGAACUACACAAUUCAGCUGGCUGGAGUUUUUGCCACUUACCCCUCAGAGCACCUGUCUCUGGGAAAUGGAUUUGUGGAUCAGCUGAUUGGCACUGCAGCCCUGCUGGUGUGCAUCAUGGCGGUGAUAGACAAGCGAAACAACCCAGCUCCAAAGGGCAUGCAGCCCUACAUAAUAGGCCUCGUCGUCGUGCUCAUCGGGCUCUCCAUGGGCUUCAACGCGGGGUACGCCGUGAACCCGGCCCGUGACCUCGGCCCGCGUCUCUUCACGUCCAUUGCUGGAUGGGGUUGGAAAGUAUUUUCGUCCGGUGGCUACUGGAGCUGGGUGCCUGUGGUGGCACCCAUGAUCGGUGGGGUGCUCGGUGCGUUUGUUUACGAGCUGUUCGUUGGAUUUCAUCUUGUGGAGGCGUCACUCCCGCCGGCGGUGGAGCCCCCACCGUCUCCACGAGAAAAAAAGGGGCUCCUCAAGCUCCAGCCAGAAAGCAUGGCUGACGUCAUGUGCUGAGUCGGCACACGAUGGUCUGGGAUUGAGCUGCGGGGCCAGUGAUUCUCGAUGCAUUUGAAUGAGGCUUAUCCAGCUGCGUUUGUGUAACACAUCCAACUAAGGGUGUAACAUGCUAUGUCUGCUAGAACUUUUAGUUUUACUCAAGCUUAAUUUCCAUGUUUUGGUACUAAUGGCGUCAAUCACGUCGAUUUUAAUAAAAUAUAUACAAACCUGUGCUGGUUUUUUGUUUGUUUCAGUUUGACACCAAACCUCUUAAAUGUCCAACAUUUGCUCCCAAUAGCAAUGCACAUACUUUUCACAAAAA